AUUUUCAGGCGACCUUAUUUUAUUUUUUUUUAAAUUGCGGUGUGUGUUCGGUGGGGUGCAGGGGGACAUUUCGGGCUUCCACAGGAAGCCAGCAGCGUGCGGAGUUCACGGAAUGCAAAUGAUGAGCGUGGGCUCCUCUUCUACCUGUGCGCGUGUGCUUUUAUUUGUGUCCACACGCACCUGAGAGACACUCAAGAUUUUCGUGCACCAGCUGCGACGAACUGACCCUGAUGAUACCGUUUUUUAACCUGACGGCCAACGUCCCCCGUCCCGAAUUUCCCUUUUUUGGGCUUUCUGGUUUUUGUCUCAGACGAAGGAAAUCGGCGUUUUUAUUUUAUUUUUUUUAACUUAAAAUUUGAGAAUUUUAUAAGCCUCACCGGACAUCCACCCACAGCCCACGAGACUUGUACGAGCUGGUUUUAAAUCAGAACUUAUCUUUUCUCUGCGUUAUUUAAUUUUUUUUUUUUUGCACUAAAUGGGAUUCCACGUACUGUGAUCUGGUGUUGGGAUUCCACAGACGGCGAUCUGGCUGCGGGAACCUGUCACUCAAUGUCUUCCCCCAUCACUUCAUCUUUUUCUGUGCCAGGGAUGCAUGUUUGAGGCCACCGGACUAGACUACAGGACACCUGGUCAGCCUUGGCCCCGUUACGCACGUUGGCCCUCGAUGCUGCUCGUAUCUGGGUGACAUACUUUUGGGCUUUUUUUCUCCCCCUUCCACGUCCCCAAAAAGCAGCUCCCACGCCGGUGUUUUAUCGAUUCGGUCGUCUCAGGGUCGAAGAUGGCGGACCUCGAAGCGGUACUCGCCGAUGUCAGCUAUUUGAUGGCGAUGGAGAAGAGCAAAUCUACUCCUGCAGCCAGAGCGAGCAAGAAAAUCAUCCUGCCCGAGCCAAGUAUUCGCAGUGUGAUGCAGAAGUACCUUGAAGAGAGAGACGAACUGACCUUUGACAAAAUUUUCAACCAGAAGAUUGGCUUUCUGCUGUUCAAAGACUUCUGUAUGAAUGAGAUUGAUGAGGCCGUGCCACAGCUGAAGUUCUAUGAAGAAAUUAAAGAAUACGAGAAGCUGGACUCUGAGGAGGAGAAGUUGAGUCGCAGCCGACAGAUUUACGACGGCUACAUCAUGAAGGAGCUUCUGUCAUGUUCACACCCAUUUUCUAAAAAAGCAGUGGACCACGUUCAAAGUCACUUGGCCAAGAAACAAGUUCCCCCAACUCUCUUCCAGCCAUACAUAGUGGAGAUCUGUGACAGUUUGAGAGGGAACAUCUUCCAGAAGUUCAUCGAGAGUGACAAAUUCACUCGGUUUUGCCAGUGGAAGAACGUGGAGCUCAACAUCCACCUGACCAUGAAUGACUUCAGCGUGCAUCGGAUCAUCGGCAGGGGCGGCUUUGGCGAGGUGUACGGCUGCAGGAAGGCCGACACCGGCAAGAUGUACGCCAUGAAGUGUUUGGACAAGAAGAGGAUUAAAAUGAAGCAGGGGGAGACGCUUGCGCUCAAUGAAAGAAUCAUGUUGUCAUUGGUCAGCACAGGGGAUUGCCCGUUCAUUGUGUGUAUGACGUAUGCCUUCCACACCCCCGACAAGCUGUGCUUCAUCCUGGACCUCAUGAACGGGGGUGACCUGCACUAUCACCUUUCUCAGCACGGUGUUUUCAGUGAGAAAGAGAUGCGUUUCUAUGCGGCUGAGAUCAUCCUGGGCUUGGAGCACAUGCACAACCGCUUUGUAGUCUACAGAGACCUGAAGCCAGCUAAUAUCCUGCUGGAUGAACAUGGUCAUGUUCGUAUCUCUGACCUCGGCCUGGCCUGCGACUUCUCGAAGAAGAAACCCCACGCCAGUGUUGGUACUCAUGGGUACAUGGCUCCAGAGGUUCUCCAGAAGGGCACAGCGUACGACAGCAGCGCAGACUGGUUCUCAUUAGGCUGCAUGCUCUUCAAGUUACUCCGAGGGCACAGUCCAUUCAGGCAGCACAAGACCAAAGACAAACAUGAGAUUGACCGCAUGACGCUCACAAUGAAUGUGGAGCUCCCGGAAUCUUUCACUGCAGAGCUUAAAGAGCUCCUGGAGGGGCUGCUGCAGAGAGACGUCUCCAAAAGGCUGGGCUGCCAGGGCCGAGGAGCCCCAGAGGUGAAGGAGCAUCCGUUCUUCAAAGGCAUUGACUGGCAGCAGGUGUACCUCCAGAAGUACUCGCCUCCUUUAAUCCCUCCCAGGGGAGAGGUGAAUGCUGCAGAUGCAUUUGACAUAGGCUCUUUUGAUGAGGAAGACACCAAGGGCAUCAAGCUGCUGGACAGUGACCAGGAGCUAUACAAGAACUUCCCCCUGGUUAUAUCAGAGCGCUGGCAGCAGGAGGUUGCAGAGACGGUCUACGAGGCGGUCAACUCGGACACAGACAAGAACGAAGCACGCAAGCGGGCUAAGAACAAGCAGCUCGGUCAUGAGGAGGACUACGCCCUGGGAAAAGACUGUAUCAUGCACGGCUACAUGCUGAAGCUGGGUAAUCCCUUCCUCACCCAGUGGCAGCGCCGAUACUUCUACCUUUUCCCCAAUCGCGUGGAAUGGAGAGGGGAGGGGGAGUCACGGCAAAACUUGCUGACAAUGGAGCAGAUUGUGACCGUGGAAGAAACGCAGAUUAAAGACAAGAAAUGCAUCCUGCUGCGCAUCAAAGGAGGGAAGCAGUUUGUACUGCAGUGUGAGAGUGAUCCGGAGUUCGUGCAGUGGAAGAAGGAGCUGACGGAAGCGUUCACAGAAGCCCAGAAGCUGCUGCGUCGUGCACCCAAAGUGAUCGGGAAAAGCAGGGCCGGCGGCGUGGUGGAGCUCUCCAAACCUCCCCUUACACACCGCAAUAGCAAUGGCCUGUGAAAACACACGCAAACAUGCACGCACAUACACUCAUUGUCUCUCUCUCUCACUCACUCACUCUCUCUCUCUCACACACACACACA